AUGAUUCACGGACCAUGUGGAUCAUUAAAUUUCAAUGCGCCAUGCAUGAGUGAUGGAAAAUGUACGAAAAAAUAUCCAAAACCGUACUUGGACGAUACCAAAACUGAAGAUGACGGCUAUCCCAAAUAUAGAAGACGAUCACCGAAAAACGGUGGCUUCACAGCAAAAAUACGAAUACAAGGCAGAGACGAACUGGAAAUAGAUAAUCAAUGGGUAGUACCGUAUAAUCCACUACUUUCCAAAAUGUUCCAAGCACAUAUAAACGUUGAAUACUGCAAUUCAGUAAAAUCUAUUAAAUAUAUAUGUAAGUACGUAAACAAAGGUAGUGAUAUGGCAGUAUUUCAAAUAGUCCAAAAUAGCGAACAAAAUAACAGAAAUGAUGAGAUCCUCAUGUACCAAAUGGGAAGAUACAUCAACAGUAACGAAGCAGCGUGGAGGAUUUUUAGUUUUCCCAUACAUGAACGCGAACCAGCUGUGCAACAUCUAGCAGUACAUUUGGAGAAUGGACAGAGAGUUUACUUCACAAAAGACUCGGCUAGAAAAAUUGCAAGCGAACCACCUCAGAACACAACAUUAACAGCUUUCUUCCAACUGUGUCAAACAGAUCCAUUCGCCAGAAAGUUAUUGUAUGUCGACGUCCCUAUUUAUUAUACGUGGGACAAAACAAGGAAAAUUUUUCAACGUCGGAAACAAGGAAUGCCAGAGGAGGGUCAUCCAGAAAUCAUAAAAACUAACGCAAUAGGUCGAGUAUUCACUGUACAUCCAAACAAUGCCGAAUGUUUUUAUCUCCGGAUGUUGUUACACGAAAUACGGGGACCAACAAGUUUUACAGAUCUCAGGACCGUUAAUGGCUACCUAUGCCAGACUUACAGAGAAGCAUGUCAACGCUUAGGAUUAUUGGAAAACGACAACCACUGGGAAUUAACACUACAAGAAGCCACACUCACAGCUUCAGCUGAACAAAUUCGAGAGUUAUUCGCUAUAAUAUUAACAACAUGUAACCCAUCAAACCCAAAACAGCUAUGGGACUCUUUCAAAAGGAGUAUGAGUGAUGAUAUAUUGUACCAAGUCCAACAAGCUAAUCCUGAACUGACUAUAGAAUUCAAUGACGAGAUCUUCAAUGAAACACUCAUUCGCUUAGAAGAUAAAUGUUUAGCAAUAAAUAAUCAGGCCUUAGUAGAACUUGGAAUGCCAGCACCACAAAGAAAUGCUUUUAGUGUGCUAAACUACGAAAUUAUGAAGGAAAAAAGUUACAACAUCAAUGAACUACUUGAAUACAUUGCUCACAACAAACCACUUCUCAAUGACAAUCAAAAAAAAGUUUACGACGUUAUAAUGAGCCGGAUAAAUAACAAUAUUGGUGGAAUUAUUUACUUGGACGCACCAGGAGGCACUGGUAAAACGUUUCUCAUAAAUCUAAUACUGGCGGAAAUACGUGCUAAAAAACUCAUCGCACUGGCACUAGCAUCAUCUGGCAUUGCAGCCACACUUAUGGAAGGAGGACGAACUGCCCAUUCUGCCUUACAACUACCAUUGAAUAUAGCCGAACAACAAUUCCCGGUAUGUAAAAUUUCAGGAAAAUCUGGACGUGGUCAAAUUUUAAAACAAGCUAAAAUUAUCAUCUGGGAUGAAUGCACCAUGGCCCAUAAAAAAUUUAUAGAAGGCAUGGACAGAACAUUACAAGAAUUGCGAAAAAACUCUGAAAUAAUGGGAGGAGCUCUACUCAUACUCUCAGGAGAUUUUCGACAAACACUUCCAGUUAUUCCCAAGUCAACAUCAGCAGACGAGAUCAAUGCAUGCUUGAAAAAAUCACAUCUCUGGCCACAAGUACAAAUACUGCAAUUAACAAAAAACAUGAGAGUUGAAUUAUCAAGAGAUGAAACAACAGCACAAUUUGCUAAAAUACUUUUACAAAUCGGCGAAGGUACAUAUCCUACUGACCAAACGACCGGCCUCAUUGAACUUAAUAGUGAUUUCUGUAAUAUAGCCACUACUGAAGACGAACUAAUCGACAAAAUUUAUCCAAAUAUUAUUCAGAAUUAUACUAAUGCAGAGUGGUUAUUUCAAAGAGCAAUUUUGGCCACUAAAAAUAAUAUUGUUGACGAUAUCAAUUUUAAUAUUCUAAAGAAAAUACCUGGUGAAGAGAAAAUAUAUAAAUCGAUCGACACGAUGAAUGAUCGUAAAACAGCUAUCGAAUAA